AGCAGUAGGACAAUCCUCACCUAUCAGAGCUCUUUUGUAUGUUUGUGUUUCUAUAGACUUUACCAGUACAGAGCUCAUCAUCUAAUGUGUAUAUGCCCACACUGUUGUGGUACACGGAUUUAUACAGUGAGGUACUUGUUAUAUAACAGAUUAAUGCAGUGUUCGUAUAACACAAUUUGUGAUAUUGGUGAGAAAGCUGGUCUAUUCCAUUGAUUUGAUUCAUUGAUCGUGGACAUAAUGGUACAGCUUUAAUUUCACUGUCAGAAUUUUCAGUAACAUCGGAUCAAAAUUGAUUGUCUUAAAGGCAGAUAUUCCCAGUAGCAAUGGCAAGUACUGUAUUUUGCUUGAUGCAAGGUCUUUGAAGACAAAUCACCAGCACUGACUGUGUCAACUGAGUACAAAAUACAGCAUGGAUGUUUGACAGAGUUGGUCUGAUAGUUAGAAUUUUGCCAGAGCUGGUUUGCUGAUUUUGUCACAGUCUGACGGAGCAGGUAGCCAAACACUCCAUCGGCUAUAGAGACGUCAUCACUGUCAUAACAACGGCUACAGAGUGGUCUCCCCCUGGACAAGUACCACAUUUUCUGGAUGUUUUCUACGAAUAACUACACAUAUAGGAUGUAGCCCCAGAUAAUCCUCCGUCAUGAAUGCCAAAUUCUAAAUGAAGACAAUUUGUGUUUUAUUGGGUUUGAAUUCUGAGAUCAAGUGCUCCAAGGCAUUGGCUGUUUGCUGAGGUGACGGCAAAUCCUAUGCCAGUGUUUUGGCACCUGUUUUAAGUGUGUUGGAAUUAACAACACCAUACCUUGUGCUCCUCAGGAUGUCACGAAAAAUCAGCAACAAUAAUUCUCUCGUCAACUACAGAAACCUUGGCAAAUCUGGUUUGAGAGUCUCCUGUGUUGGCCUAGGGACCUGGGUUACAUUUGGCGGCCAGGUCACAGAUGAGGUUGCUGAAGAAAUCCUAACACUUGCCUAUGAGAGUGGAAUCAAUUACUUUGACACUGCUGAAGUAUAUGCUGCUGGAAAUCAUAAGAAGGAUAAUCCCGAUCUACCUAUAUCUGCAUACCAACAGAUGCAGGUAGCCUGCGAGGGGGCAGAGAUUUUACUUGGGAAACUUCUAAAGAAAAAGACAUGGAGGCGAUCAAGCUACAUCAUCUCAACAAAAAUAUAUUGGGGCGGAAAAGCCGAGACAGAAAAAGGUCUUUCAAGAAAGCAUAUCAUAGAAGGUCUGAGAGGCUCACUAGAACGUUUACAGCUAGAGUAUGUUGACAUUGUGUUUGCCAACAAACCUGACCCUCACACUCCUAUGGAAGAGGUGGUACGAGCAUUCACCCAUGUGAUAAACCAGGGCUGGGCUAUGUACUGGGGGUCAUCACGAUGGAGUGCCACAGAAAUCAUGGAAGCACACUCAGUGGCAAGACAAUUCAAUCUUAUUCCACCCGUUGCUGAACAAGCAGAGUAUCAUUUAUUCCACAGAGAGAAAGUGGAACUUCACAUGCCAGAACUUUACCAUAAAAUAGGUAUAGGAACAAUAACGUGGUCGCCUUUAGCAGGCGGUGUACUGACAGGGAAGUAUGACGAUGGUGUUCCUAUAUACUCUAGGGCAGCUCUGAAGGGUUAUGUUUGGUUGAAAGAGAAAAUUUUAUCUGAAGAUGGACGACGGCAACAAGCCAAACUACGAGAGGUGGCUAUCAUAGCCGACAGAAUAGGAUGUUCGUUAUCACAGUUAGCGAUAGCAUGGGGUUUGAAGAAUGACAAUGUACACUGUGUACUCCUUGGGGCUUCCUCAGUUGACCAGCUUUAUGAAAAUAUUCAGGCUAUACAGUAUGUUCCCAAACUCACUCCAGACAUAAUGUGUGAACUAGACAAAAUGUUAGGAAACCGACCACAGCAACGUAAAGACCCGUACAGAAUGAUACCGUUUUGUAAUUAGCAUCUUCUACCUGACUGCAGUUCCUUGUGUUUGGGCACCUUGUAAGUUACUGUAUGGUAAUGGUGUGGACACUUGAUAUACUUUCUACAGUCGAGGACUUUUAUCAAGUUCUGUAACAUAUUAACCUUGAACUAUCACAUCAGAAUUUGUAAUUUCAGGUUACAUUUUCAGUACUGAAACUCCGGGGCGAGGGAUUAAGAUUUUCAGUACUCAUAUUGAUAAUUUCAGUGUAAAUGAUACGAAAAGAAAUCUCAAUGUUGAUAAUGCAAAAAGAAAUUUCAAUGUUGAUAAUGCGAAAAAUCUUUUUGUAAGAAUAUCAGAUGGAUUGCAACAGUGAGUCACCUAACAUCUAUUCUGUGAAUUCAUCACCUAGUUAUAUUUUGUACUUGGGUAGAAUUUUACAAAACGUUGAUUUGGUGGAACAUUUCGACUAUCUAAUGUAUGACGUUGUACACUAAAUAGUAAAAUUGUUGCAUUAUGUUGUACAUAAAAAAAAACAAAAAUAUAUGAACAUGUGAACAGAAAUUAUACUAUAGUAGAGAAUAAUGUCUUGUUAUGAGUGUGUUCAAGUGGUAUAUGUAAACCAAAAAUGUCUGGUAACCUUUAUAUUAGAAAUAGGAAUUAUUAUAAAAUAUCUGGUGUUCACAAUGCACUGGGAUGCUGUAAAAAUCAUAUCUACAUCAGCAUCCGUAGUAGUCCAAUCAUUGUUGGUGUGUAAAGUUCCAAUUUUUCAGACUGAAAACAGCUUUUAACAAUGUUUCACCAUGUUUAACAGGUUUUUGAUGCAUGCUUCAGAUUAAAUUACUAACAAUCAGUUUUUGUUAACUAACUGGAUCAAAUAACUUGUUACUUAUUCUUCAUGUGUUAAAGGACGAUAUAUUUUCUUAAUUUUAAGACUGACUUCUCAGCAUCACGUCAUUAUUGGUAAAUUCUUACUUAAACUAUGAGGACGUUCAAUGGAUUCAUUUAUCACAAAAUAGUGGUAUAUCCCAAAUGUGUGAGGAAGAAAAAAAGACAUUUCAUUUAAAACACGUUAUCUAUAUCCCAUCUACUCUUUUGGUUUGUUUUAAUCCUGGGAUAAACUGAUUUACUAAAUCUCUUUCCUUUAUCAAAUUUAAGUCUUAUAAUGACAUGGUGAUGAAAUAAGUCUAAUAUACCAACAUUCAUGAUGAAGAUGUUAUGUUUUCAAUUUUAUUGUUACAAUGUAUCCAAUGUGUCUUGUCAUGUCUGUAAAAUCAUUUAAAUGAAAUAGUAUGUUGAAAUAUUACACAUUGUACAAUGUUAGUGGUUCCUAAUGACAGUCCAUCAAAAUGUUAAUAAUGACAGUCCAUCAAAAUGUUAAUAGACUUCCAUUUUCAUUCAGAAUAAUACAAAGAUGCGAGUCACUUUUAAGUUGAUUUAAAAUACUUUACAUUUAUGUAUAAUAUAUGGUCUAAAGAAGAAUUUGCAUUCAUAUCUGAGGUACAUCCCCAGUAGUUUAUAUUCACAACAUUGGAUUCAACAACAUUCCAACAGAACUUUUCCUGAUAUUUUCCGAGAUGUACCUAUUGAAAUUAAGGUUGCUGCCAAAACUGUAAAUGCUAAUUGGCCAUCAAUGAUUCUGACUUAAGGUUGUAUAGUCAGUUAAUUAGGGAAUAUUAAGGUUAAUAUGUAGUUUGUUUUUGUUCAAAGUUAAACAUAUCUUUUAUUUAUUUGCUUUCAAAAGGAUUUAUCAAUCAAUUUUUUCAACUUUUUGAUCGGUUGAUCUGUCAAAAGGAUGUUCGUGUAUAAAUUGAAGCAUCGACGAGUAUUCACUGCUUUAUUAAGGGUAUCUGAAGCCAGUUUAAAUGUGAUUUACUAUCAUACAUGAAGCACUUAUGAGGUGAUAAGGAAGUGAUUGAACUGUAGAAACAUUUUAAUAAAUGUUACACAAUUUGUCCUGCCAAAAUCAUAUUUACCAUGACAGUUAUUAGUAUUUAUCUUACAUUGCACUGAUUUGUCAUAUUAUGUAUAUACUAAUUUAAUACUUUAAAUCGUUGCCAUUCUGGCAUCAGUUCGUAAAUCGUUGCCAUUCUGGCAUCAGUUCGUAAAUCGUUGCCAUUCUGGCAUCAGUUCGUUUUUUGAAAUUUUUUUUUUUUAAUAUCAUUACCCAGUUUAGUGAUUGAUUUAGAACAGUUGCACCUUGUUAUAGAAAAUAUUUAGUAAAAUAUGUGUGUAAUUUUUUUUUAAACAUUGAAAAUUAACUUGUGUUAAUUCCAUUUGUUGAUGUGAUUGUUUGAUGAUAAAACACCGAUUCGUUAUCAUUCCUGAUGCAACUGACCCCUGUGUGACCCCUGCCCAAACUUUGUACUCUUGAUUUGCUUUCCAAGCCUGUGAAUAUGUACAAUUUCAAUCGCAAACAUGUCUUAAAAUUAAUUUGAUUCUGUGUUGAAAUUAAAUUAAAACAUAAACUUUAACCAAGAUCAUUACUGUGGAAUUGUUAUUUCGUAUUCUCAUCAUAUAGAAUUUAAUUUAUAUUCGAAGGUUUUGAACGAUGUAUAUUUCGUAGAUUUAUCCUUUACAAUUUAUUAAAUUCUUGUUUUGUCUCGCAUAGCAAUUUCCUUUUCUAUGAUUAUUUUCAUUAAGUCUUUAUAUUCAAAUUCAUAUAUAUAGAACUGUUAUGCAUUUAUCAACGGCAGGUAACUAGUAUUGCCCAAUAGUUUGUUCUGCAAGUUAUUUACCUUUAGAUAUGUACAUCAUAUAUAAAUCAUGUGAUGAUGCAUGUAUAUUCUGUAUCCAAAUAUGGAUGUACCGAUUUUUGAAAUAUGUUAUGUCGAUAUUUUUUGUAGUCCCAACCAUAUCAGUACAAGUUUGACUUUGUUUUAUCAUUAGUAUGAACAACCUUUAAAUCUGCAUUAUAGUACUGAUAUAUAUGCAUUGUUAUUUCAUCAAAGGGUUUGUUAAUUUUUGGUAGUAAUAUUAUACUUUAUCUAAUUAGAUUCAUAAUGUCUUCAUUUCCAGUAUAAAAAUGUGUUAUCUUACAUAUUUCUUUUAAAAUAUGUUACAGGUAAAUUAAUUGUUUACAAAUAACGAAACAAGUCAAGAGCAUUUGGAAUACUUGUCACAUUAGAAAUAUAUAACAGAGACUAUCAGGUUGUUAACUCGGGGCACCAAUAAUAUUAGUAUAGAUAUUUUUGAAGGCACUGUUAUUUUUACUUCUUAUUUAGCAGAACAACGAGAGAAUAACAACUACUUGGGGUUUGUUAUGAUCUAACUACAGGGGAAGUUGCAGUCUUUGCCAUUCCCACAUACAUUUUUUUUCUCACUACUUGAGACAAUGAGAUCACUCAUAGAUAGGUAUAUAUUUACAAUAUUUAGCAAAAUAUUUUUUUGUUUUAUUUGUUAUUACGUUAUCUCGAGCAAACAUUGUAAAUAUUAAAAAAAAGAUGAUUUCUGUUUUUGCUCAAUCUGAAUUAAAUGGUUAGUUCGAAAUAG